GGCAUUAUUGGCUUGACUGUAUAUUAGAGUUUGAACAGAUAAAAGCAGACAUUUUAAAUGCAAACAAUGGACAAUACAGAAUACUAUUCUGAUUAUGAAGCAAAUGAUACUAGAAGAGGGGAUAUUGAACAAAACAUUGCUAUCAUCUAUAUAGCACUUUCAGUCUGCAUAAUCAUCUUUGGAGUUAUAGGAAAUAUUCUAUCAUUGAUUGUGCUUAAGAAGGAAAAUGAACAGAGUAGCCGUGUAUUCCUGCUAAAAACAUUAGCAAUCACGGACAGUUUAUUCCUCAUUUCCUAUAUUGGACUUAUACCAGAAGAUGGAUAUGUGGCUGAGCUAUGGGAUUUGGAAGACAGUUACGAUAAUGUAAAGUGGAUAUUAAUGUACUUUAAUCAUACAGCAUCAACACUAACAACAUGGGUGAUUGUCCUUGUCACAAUUGACAGAUAUAUACACAUUGCAAAACCACUUCGCGCCUCAUUAAUUGCGACAGUGAAACGAAUGCGUGUAGUCAUGGGUGCACUGACUGUCACAGCCGCCAUUUACAACUUGCCAUUGAUUGUUUGGCAUUAUUACCCCACGGAAGAGAAUGGUCCAGAUUAUUAUUUCAUCAUAUAUGAGUGCGUCUUGAAUUUCAUAUUUAGAUUUGUGGGGCCAGUUAUAACAGUAACAGUUCUCAACAUUAAACUUAUUCGUUCGGUGAGACAAUCAAGGAUUAAAACAGAACACCAAACACAAGAAAAGAAAGAGGAAAGAAAACAAACAUUAACAAUGAUAUCAAUAUUGUCAGUCUUUAUAAUAUGUUCUCUCAUCAAUGUUGGUGGUAGAAUGCUUGUUCUGAAUGACAAACUGUCAGAAUUAGAAUUUGUUUUUUACAACACUGCAAACUUGUUUCUCCUUUGUAACUCAGCAUGCAAUGUUAUAUUUUAUUUCCUUUUUGGAAAAUCAUUCAGGGAAAAACUGAAAAAGAUUAUAUGUUGUGACAAACUAAAUUAAAAAGUGGCCCAAUGAGCAAUAUCUAAGAAGCAUCAUUGACCGCAACUACGGUAUAUCUCCAGUGUAAAUAAGAACAACAAAAGGUAAUAAUGCAAUCCUUUUAAGGGAUCCAUAUUAAUGUAGCUACAGCCAAAAGCCAUUAGCAAUCUCUGACUGAAAUAACUAUGAUAUAUGGUGAUCAAAAUGCCUCACUUUGUUACUAGA